CACAGGGAGAAAAACAAAUCCGGUCCUGGUUUUCCUGAUGUCUCAGCUUUAAACUGACUUUACUUUCGACCUUCCAACUUGUGCUGGAGUAAAACGGAAGAAAAGCUAAAAUGACUACUGCUAGUUUCAGAGACUGUGCGGCAUGGAGGGCAGAAGGCCUCCCACUGUCCACCAGCAGUAAUGAAGCCUGCAAAUUGUAUGACGCCAUACUCACACAGUAUGUAAAAUGGCGUAACGAAGAGACCCUUGGAGGAAUUGAGGGCUGUAUGGCGGCAGUCCAAGCAGCUGACCCGGACUUUGUGAUGGGGCAUGUGAUCAGCACCGGACUGCAGUUGGUAGGGACGGGCAGUUCAGUACUCCGGGAUCAAAUGCUCUCCAGUGCCGUGAGGAAGACCGUGGAUCUGGCCAGCUGCCAGGAGCUCACAGCCAGAGAAAAACAACAUGUCAAAGCUAUCGACCUCUUUUCAAAGGGAGCCUUGGGCAAAGCCUGUGAUGUGUGGGAGGAUAUUCUGGUAGAGCACCCCACAGACAUGCUAGCUCUGAAGUUUUCCCAUGAUAGCUUUUUCUAUCUGGGUGAGCAGACUCAGAUGAGAGACUCUGUGGCUAGGGUUCUUCCCCACUGGAAACCACACAUGCCUCUCUACAGCUAUCUAAAAGGCCUGUAUUCAUUUGGACUUCUUGAAACUCGUUUCUAUGAUCAGGCUGAGAGAGUAGCAAAGGAGGGUCUUGCUCUAACUCCUGAGGAUGCCUGGUGUGUCCACUCUGUAGCUCAUGUCUAUGAGAUGACAGCAGAAAUAGAGAAAGGACUGAAGUUCAUGGCAUCUACUGAGAAAGACUGGAUGGUGUGUGAUAUGUUGGCAUGUCACAACUACUGGCACUGGGCGCUUUAUCACAUUGAGAAGGGAGAAUAUGAAGCAGCAUUGAGCAUCUUCGAUGAACAGCUGUAUCAUCGCUGUAGAAAUUCAGGAGCCAUGCUGGACACAGUGGAUGUCUGUUCACUGCUCUAUAGGCUGGAAAUGGAGGGUGUGAGUGUGAAAGAGCGUUACCGGGAGCUGUUGCCGAUCACUGAUCCCCACUCUGAGGACCAUACUCUUCUCUUUAAUGACCUGCACUUCCUUAUGGUGUCUUUGGGCUGUAAGGAAACAGGAGUCACACAGCGACUGCUGGAGAGCCUGCGAGAACUCACAAAAGAGCCUGAAGAAAAUCAUCAAUUCCAGCUUGCUAGCACUAUUGGAUUACCCAUGUGUCAGGCUAUGGUGGAAUAUGAUGAAGGAAACUACAGUAAGACAGUGGAGCUGCUCAAACCCUUAAGAUAUCGCUUCAUGCAGAUAGGGGGCAGUGAUGCACAGAGGGAUAUUUUCAACCAGCUACUUAUCCAUGCUGCAAUGAAGUCACAAGACAAACACCAUCAAAGAUUUGCCAGGUGCCUGCUGAUUGAAAGAGAUGCAGCGAGACAGAACUCCCCCCUCACUGACCGUCUCAUUCAGAGAGCCCACUCUCUACACAUUUAAAACCCAGAGUACAUCCAUUACAGACAUAUUACCCUAAUUAUUAUCACUUCCCAUACUACUACUGCUAAACUGCUAGACCUUUAAUGAACGACGUCUCCAGUUUUGUGAUUUUUUGCAACUUUUAUUACUUAAAAAAUAUUAUCUUUAAGAGAGAAAAAUAAGACUGGUGUCACUGUCACUGUAAGUGAUAAUGGGAACUUGUUUCAUGGACAUUCCACAGUAUUGUAUGUAAUAAUAACGAAUAUUAAUUUUGACAUACCAUUCCUUAAUUAAAAAAAAAAUUAUUUUGGAAAAUUGUUGGGGUAUAAGAAAAGUAAUCCUUGUGCUGUUAACUGAAAAAUAAUUUUUAAAAGGGAGCAGUUUGAUUACCACCCCGAAGUUUAUUUUCCAAUAACAGCCUGUUGUAUGUUUAGAAUAGUGAUUAAACAAGGAACAGAAAUGAAAAUAAGUGCUUCAGGUGCACUCUGAGGAAAGCCUAUUGAUAUCUCAACAAAAAAAAAAAAAAAAGCUCAACUAUAUAAUGUUUAAAAACUAUUAUAUAAAAUUGAAAAUCAAUUUUAUUUGUCAUGAAAUGCAUUUCAACAAUACAACUAAAAUACAAUGUUUGUUUAAACAGCA